UGGGGUUUUACUCUGUUAUGUGUAUGGUUUAUCGUUUAGAUUUUGUUCUUUGGUGUGGAAUACCAUGUGGUCGUGUCGGUUCGGGCCCACUUCGGGUGUUGUUCCAGGACGAGGCGUGACAACUUGGUAUCAGAGCUAGUACUUUCUAGACUCUGAGUUGGGGGUCGGUUGGGAGUUUGGUAGUGGACCAUAGGGGUUUUGUGUUUCUUGUGUAGAGGUAGCAUUGACUAACAGGUGAGUUAUAUCUCUAAAAUUGCGUUUGCUAUUGGUUGUUAAGGUUAUUGGAACAGAUAUUUGAGAAAUGGCUUCGGAGCAUACGGUUCAUGCUGAGGACGCUGCGUCUGGUGAUGAUGUGGUUGAGCAAUCUGAAGUUCCUUUACAGCAGCUGGUUGUGGGGGAUGCUGAUAAACUUCUUGCGGCUGUAGCCUUGCUUGCAGAACAAUAAGCAGCUCUUAUGCAAUGACAGACUACAGAGGAAAUGACUCGUAAAACGGGCACUGGUUUACUUGAAAGGUUCAAAAAGCUAUUCACUGUGGAGUUUGAGGGGGCAAUUGACCCCAGUGAUGCUGAGGAAUGGCUUAAAUCUGUGGAGCGGGUGUUAAAGGCUAUGGGAGUGACCGACGCACAAAAGGUGACAUUAGCAACUUUUAGCUUGAAAGGUAGUGCUUGGGAUUGGUGGGAGUCGUUUGAGAGGCAGUGGAUUGCCCCUCUGCCAGGAGUUAUACCGGCGGUGCCGCAAGUGGUGACGUGGGAGCGCUUUGUUAAAGGGUUCAAUGAUCACUAUUUUCCGAAGAGUUGGAAGUUGGACCAGGAAGUGGCAUUUAUUGAAUUGAGGCAGAACGGUAUGACUGUUCCAGAGUAUGAAGCUAGGUUUGCAAAAUUGUCGAAAUAUGCUCCAGACUUGGUGAAUACAGAAGAGAAAAGAUGUCAGCGAUUUCGAAAAGGGCUUUCAUUGAAGGUAGCUACGAGGUUGACUACCUAUGAACAAGAGGAAUAUGCUCGGUUGGUGGAAAUGGCUAGGAGGGUAGGGAAGGAUAUUCAGGACUAUAAUGAUAGCCGGGAGUCAUACAAGAAAAGCAAGACAGAAGGAGCGGCAUUUGGUAAGUCUGGAGGAGGUACUAGCAAGGGGCGGGGUCAAAAAUCUCAGGUUACUAGAACUCAAGAUUUCGGGAAAUCACAAGGGGGUUCCACGGGGUGGUGGAAGGGGAAGGCAGAACAGGGACCUAGUAGACAAACAGUGAGUGGUGCUACAACAAUGACUCGUCGAUGUUUUAACUGUGGAUCAACGGAUCAUUUGAUGAGGGAUUGUCUGAAUACAACAAAGGGUUUCAGGUGCUUUACUUGUGGUGAGGUAGGGCACAUGGCGGUGCAAUGUCCUCGGGUACAAGCACCGGUGGCAUCUUCUGUGGGUAGUGUGCAAGGAGGUAAAGGUGGGGGAGCUGGUAGUUCUACAGCACCAGGUAGAGUGUUUGCAAUCACACGUCACGGGGCACAGGCUUCGCAAGAGGUAGUGACAGGUACUUUGGUUAUUUCUAGUACUUAUGCACGUGUGUUGCUAGACCCUAGGUUUACACAUUCUUUUGUAUCUAAUACUUUCAUUAAACAUUUAGAUAAGCCUGCUAAACUUUUAAAUAUUGCUUUAGCUAUUUCUACACCGGUGGGUGAGGUAGUAGUUGUUAAUGUGUGUUAUGCGAGUUGUGGAUUGGUGGUUGGGGGAAAGAGGUUAUUGGUAGAUUUGUUACCAUUAGAUAUGACUGACUUUGGAGUGCUUUUGGGUAUGGAUUUCUUAUCGGGGUAUCAUGACGUCAUGGAUUGUUUUAGUAAGGAAGUUAUAUUUCAAUUGUCAAAUAGCGAUAAGGUAAAAUUUUGUGGUGAUUCAGUAGUGAGUUCUACUAGUAUUAUUUUGGCAUUUAAGGCCAAAUCCUUGAUGAGUAAGGGUUGUAAGGGGUAUAUUGCUUAUGUGGUUGACACCGAAAAGAAAGCACCUACAUUAGAGGAGAUACCAAUUGUUAAUGAGUUUGAGGAUGUAUUUCCGGAUGAGUUGCCGGGUAUCGUGCUAGACCGUGAGGUUGAGUUCACUAUUGAAUUAUUGCCAGGUACUAAUCCGAUAUCUAUUACUCCAUAUCAUAUGGCGCCGGCAGAGUUGCUUGAGUUGAAAGUGCAGUUGAAAGAAUUGUUAGAUCGGGGUUUCAUUCAGCCUAGUAUAUCGCCGUGGGGUGCACCAGUCUUAUUUGUCAAGAAGAAGGAUGGUUCCAUGCGUAUAUGUAUCGAUUAUCGACAAUUGAACAAGGUGACAGUUCGAAACCAAUAUCCAUUGCCGAGGAUAGAUGAUUUGUUUGAUCAAUUGCACGGGGCUACGGUAUUCUCCAAAAUUGAUUUAAGAUCGGGCUAUCAUCAGAUUAAGGUAAGGGACAAUGAUGUAAUAAAGACAGCUUUUCGUACCAGGUAUGGUCAUUAUGAGUUUUUGGUUAUGCCGUUCGGUUUGACCAAUGCUCCAGCGGUUUUCAUGGAUUUGAUGAAUCGGGUAUUUCGGUCAUUCUUGGAUACUUUCGUUAUCGUGUUUAUCGAUGAUAUACUGAUAUAUUCUCGCACCAAGGAGGAACAUGAGGAUCAUUUACGUAUCGUGUUACAGGUCUUACGUGACAAUCAUUUAUUCGGGAAGCUUAGCAAAUGUACGUUCUGGUUGGAUAGUGUGGAAUUCUUGGGGCACGUGAUUUCUUCUAAUGGAGUUUGUGGGAACCCUAAGAAGAUAGAAGCGGUGGUUAAUUGGGAGAGUCCCAAAAAUGUUUCAGAGAUUCGAAGUUUUCUUGGCUUGGCGGGUUAUUAUCGGAAGUUUAUUCAUGGCUUUUCUGCUAUUGCUUUGCCAAUGACAAAGUUGACUAGGAAAGAUGUGAAAGUUUUAUGGUCUGAUGAGUGUGAGAACAGUUUUCUUGAGUUGAAGAAACGAUUAGUAUCGGCACCAGUUUUGACAAUUCCGAUUGGUACAGAGGAUUUGGUGGUUACACCGACGCUUCAUUGCAAGGAUUGGGUUGUGUUUUGAUGCAGCGGGGUAAGGUUAUAGCUUAUGCGUCGAGACAGUUGAAAGUUCAUGAACAGAAUUAUCCAACACAUGAUUUGGAGUUAGCGGCCGUGGUUUUCGCUCUUAAAAUAUGGAGGCAUUAUUUGCAUGGAGUAUCGUGUGAGAUUUACAGUGAUCAUCAGAGUUUAAAAUACUUGUUCACGUAGAAGGAGUUAAAUUUGAGGCAACGACGGUGGAUGGAGUUGAUAAAGGACUACGAUUGUUCUAUACACUAUCAUCCAGGUAAGGCAAAUGUGGUCGCUGAUGCUUUGAGUCAAAAGACAGCAGGAAGAUUGGCAUGUAUACGAUGUUCGAGAGUUUCAAUUUUUACUGAGUUGAAACGCAUGGGGGUGGAGUUUUCACUGAAAAGUGGUGGACCUUUGUUAGCUCGUUUCAGUGCUCGACCUUUGUUUAUAGAUCGGAUCAGAGUUGGGCAGUGGCAGGAUCCUGAUUUGCAAUAGUUCAGGCAGCGUGUAGAGAAGGGGAAAAUGCCUGAGUUCAGUAUUCGGGAUGAUGGUAUGAUUUUGUUUGGAAAAAGAAUGUGUUUGCCAAAUGAUAUUGUUUUAAAGAAGGAAAUUUUAGAUGAAGCUCAUUGUUCUGCAUAUGCUAUGCAUCCAUGAAGCACUAAGUUGUAUCGUGAUUUGAGAGAAUAUUUCUGGUGGAGUGGUAUGAAAAGGGAAAUUGCGGAGUAUGUGGCUGGCUGUGAAACUUGUCAACGAGUGAAGGCAGAACAUCAGAGACCGGCAGUUUUGUUGCAAAAUCUUCCUAUACCGGAGUGGAAAUGGGAUCAUGUGAUGAUGG